UCUCACAUCGACUCCCAUCUUCUCAAAUCUCCUCACGUCCAGGUGUCCAAGGCUUGGCGCAAUGUUAUUGUGUACAGUGAUGUGUGGCGUAUCGUCUUCUUGCGACGACUUCGCUCAAGCUCAUUAUGGCAAGAGAUUGCGUCUGCCGUGAAUUUCCGGCGACCAACCACCACAUGUGGAUGGAAGCGCGCCUUUUCAGCCUUUGCUCACGAUGCACACCAACUCGAGCAUCGCUGGCGCUCAGGUAGCGCUACCCGCCAUGAUAUCAACUGUCACGGCGAUGGUAUCUACUGCCUCCAGUACGAUCAAGAAAAAAUUGUUUCAGGCAACCGUGACGACACGGUCAAAGUGUGGAACAUCAAGACGCGCGAGCUAGAGUUUCAGAUGGCGGGCCACCAGGGCUCAGUGCUUUGCCUGCAGUACGACGAACACAAGGUCAUCACGGCCUCAAGUGACCACACUAUUCGGGUCUGGGAUCUGGCGACGCACGCCUGUCGCACUGUGCUUCGCGAGCACUCCGAUUCGGUGCUCCACGUUCGGUUCUUGGGCGAUACCAUGGUCUCAUGCUCCAAGGAUCGCACAAUCCUUGUCUGGCAGCGCACCGACGAAUUUGGCUUUACCUGGUCCUCCAAGCGGCGCCUCACGGGCCAUAUUGCCGCAGUCAACGUUGUGGAGUUUGAUGAGCACUUCAUCGUCUCUGCCUCGGGCGAUCGCACCAUCCGACUGUGGAGCCUCGAGACAGGGGAAUGCGUGAAAAUUUUGCGCACUCACACCCGCGGGAUUGCCUGCCUUCAAUAUCGCUACCCAUUCAUUGCCAGUGGCUCCUCUGACGAGACCAUCUGCAUCUACGACAUUGAGCGUGACCGCAAGCUCCAUGAUCUCACCGGCCACGAAGCCCUGGUGCGCUGUGUGCGCUUCAAUGAAGAAUUUGUCGUGUCCGGUUCUUACGAUGGGAGCGUGCGAGUGUGGGAUUUCAAGACUGGGUCGCUGCUGAGUCGCCUAGUCGGCCACUCACACCGCGUUUUUCGCGUUCAGUUUGAUCACCUGCGCAUCAUCAGCUCGUCUCAGGACGACACGAUUAUCAUUUGGGACUUUUACGGCGACCUCAAGGACAAACAUGAGCUUACCUAUGACCAGCCAUUGGCCAUCAUGUAG